UUGGAAGCACGAAACGUCACAUGCCGCAUCAUGGCACCCGACGCAAACGAGGCGAAGGCGCAGAACAAGGCAAAUGAAGACGCUGCGCAUAAAGAAGCACGCGAAUAUUGGGGGUAUCUUAUCAAGCCCGACAAGUGUGGCACGGAACUUUUCAACAGGUUGCUGGAAGGAAUCGCUGAAGUGGUUAGCAAAACCUUCGACACAGCGCAACCAUGCCCCGAUCUUUCCCCCACGCAGCUUGCAGCAUUUUAUCGUUCCGUGGGUGGCAACUACGAUGUUCUCUUCAUUGAUACUCCAUCCUCAUCUAUAUCUUUCAUCUACCGCUCACUUGGUGCCUUCCAUUCCCUUCAACCUGCCCCCAACGACGAUGGCUACUCAUCCCCCAGCGUGCCAGCUCUGAAGAAGAAGGGAUUUGUUGCCUGGCAGACGAUACAGCUUCUGCUGGGCCCCGAAGAGCAUGUGGGGUUCUUGCAAAACGCUGUGAAGAAGUUCGAUAUCAAAGACCCGCAAACAGGCAACUUGUUUCCGAAGAUCCUACCAAAGGAAUGCUUACCCCAAGAGCCCGACGAUGCCAUGGAAGCAUGGUACGAGAGCGUGGCAGCGAGACUAAAAAGAGAAGCCGAGGAGGAUACUACAGGCAAGGAAGACAAGAAUGGACCCCGGGUGCAUGUCAAUGUCGACGAACAUGCGCCACGCACAUCAAGCGAGACGUCCGACAGUGAUGUGCCAGACGAAAGACACACGGCAGCAUCUUACUUUGCCGAUCCACUGUAUCGUAUGCGAGAUCGACGGCCACCCAUUGUACGCCAUUUCUCAAAGGAAGGACGAGACUCGCGGCGGUACGACGAGGAAAAGGAAAACAGGGGGCGAUUGAUCGACAGCGUGAGGCACAUGCUCAAUCCGUUUAACAGAGAUAAAGAGCGAGAUAGACGGAAGAGCCAUCCAGCCAGCGGCCGAUACAACGCGGCCGACGAUGGAUACUCAGAUGACGAUGAUAACGACAUUACACCCAUGGCAACCCAACCUCCACCCAUCCCAAGAUACACACAUGCGCACGCAUAUUCAGCCUCGCACAAGCGCCCACAUCCUCCCCGAAGAGAAAGCUCUAUAUCGUCCACAGAUAGUGAUUCCGACUCGGAUCGUCCACCAAGUCGAAGGCGAACCCCCGCGUUCGGGCCUGCUCCACGCCGUCGACGCUCUCACGAUGCACCAUCUGCGCCCCGAGACUACUUCCCCUCGUACUACGAUGAUCGGGACCGGCGAUACUCGCAUGAUGUACCAUCUCCUUCGACUUUCAGCAGCGGGGAUGCAGGCGGCAUCCCCGCGGGACCCAACGGCGUAGGACUCGGCAGCAGAAAAGAUGAAGCUCCCCCCAGCACAUAUGGCCCUACCAAAGGACCAAUCUUCGCCACACACGUUGCGCAUAUGCAACCGCACAUCCCACACGCUACAUACUACAACUCAUCGCCUUCACCUGGCUCGGAUCGCCGCCCUACAAUGCCCCUGAGCGGCACGCCAUUGCGGUCCAGCUACCGAGCCUCACCUACAAGCAGUGGGGUCAGAUACACGGCUCCCCCGCCUCCUGCACCCGCACCACCCCCUCCACCUCCCGCGCCCGUGCCUCCACCGCCAGAUAUUCACGAACCCGUGUACAUGCGAGAUCGCGAUCGUCCAAGGGACCGCGAUCGUGAACGUGAACGUGAUCGCGACUAUCCCCACGAACGCGGACGAGACCUGUCGCCUUACUCCCCGCUCAGCGGAGCAGGAAACUCGCGACACCACCGCAGGCGCUCAGAAGAUAUCCCGCCGCGCGAGCGCGAGCGAGAUCGGGAGCGCACGACGCGCAGCCACGAGCGGGUCAGAGACGAGUGGGAUGAGAGGGUUGGUGGGAGUCGGAGAGGGAGUCGGGAGCCGAGUUUGAGUCGGAGUCGGUCUGAUGCUAGGGAGCGCGACCGAGACCGAGACCGUGAUAGAGAUAGGGAUAGGGGAGGUAGACAUCGAUAUCUUUCAACGUCUUCUUCUGCGUCUGGUGGUGGUGGUGGUGGUGGGGUUGAAGGAGGGGUCGGUGGGCGACGAUAUCCCGUUGAUGCUCCUUGGAGAUAG